UGUAAUUCCGAUUUUUCAGUUUUAUUUAUUCCUUACCUUUAACCGCCUGUUUGGCGGAAUUUGAUCAGGUUUCACUGCCGUGACAUUAAACCUUGUCAGCCGAGUCUUGACUUAAAGGUGUGGAUGUGUGUGCAGUUGGCGAGAUCGGACAUUCGCCAAGAAAACCCACGUGUGUCCCAUCACUCAAAUAGGGGUUUCUUGAUAGACAUGGUCAUUCCGCAGACUGCUUGGCGCCUGUGACUACGAAUUUCCCUACAGCCCGAUUCGAAACGGAAACUUGAAGGAUUAAACGUCACUCACAAUUUUAUUUUUGGUGUGAAGGGAUAACUACGAAACAGAACAGUUUGUUAUGAAGUGGCUGAAAAACUGGACGGCAGUUUGGAUCGCCUGCAUCAUUUGUUUGUUAAUUUGUUCUGCAGUCGAAGCAAAAAAGAGCAAGAACCGAGUACGCUUCAAGGCCAAAAACAACUCAACUGUGGAGGAGGAGGAAAUAUUCUCCCCCUGGACCCGCUGGUCUCGGUGUUCCCGCCGGUGCACUCAAAAGAGGACAAGGCGCUGCAUCCACCCCAUUGUCUGCGACCGUGACGUGUUAAAGGAACAGAGGGUUUGCAAAAUUGCUCGAUGUCUCUUCUUUCGGAAGACGACGAAUAGAAAGAACACCAGCGUCGAGUUGGAUGCUAUGCAGGAACGGAAUGGGAACCUAGAAGAUGAAUUAUGGAUCCUGAACCGAGUUCAGAGGCGAAGACAAAAGUCUGGUGUCAACACUGAGACUUCGAAAAUUCAUCUUUUGAACCGAUUCCACUGCGGCAUAUCUCCCAUUGCAGAGCGAAGUCCGGAGAUAUGGAAACACCUGCGCAUCAUUGGAGGACGAGAAGCGCAAAAAGGGAGCUGGCCCUGGCAGCUGGCCCUGCUGAACCGGUAUCGCGAGCCCUUCUGUGGCGCCACCUUGAUCGCUCCGAAAUGGGCUUUAACUGCGGCCCAUUGCCUACGGAGGAAGCUGAUCGUACGUUCCGGCGAACAUAAUCUAAUGUCCAUUGAAGGCACAGAGCAAGAGAGCCUGGUGGUGGAGCAAUAUGUCCAUCCUGAUUAUGAUGAGGCAACUGUCCACAAUGACGUCGCGCUGCUGAAACUGAAGAAACCUUUCAUUUUCGACAACCAUACUCAAGCCGCCUGCUUGCCUCAGCAACAGGAUUCUCUGGAUGUGGAUUCAAAGGGCAUUAUUUUAGGUUGGGGUAAACAUAAGAGUACAGCCAUCUAUGGUACUGAUGACCUUCACCAAGCAGAAGUUCCCAUUGUGGAUCCCGAAGAAUGCCAAAAGAGCUAUGAUACCUAUCCUAUAACACAAACUGUGAUAUGUGCAGGUUACAAGCAGGGGCGCGUUGAUUCCUGCGCUGGAGACAGCGGAGGCCCCCUUCUUGUGCAAAAGAAGGGACGAUGGACACUUUUUGGCGUCACCAGUUUCGGGGAUGGAUGUGGUGAGAAAGGGAAAUAUGGAAUUUACAGCAGUGUCCCCAAAUACGUCAAGUGGAUUCGAAGAGUAGUGUUUAAGCACUCCUAGAUAUAGUCUUGAGUUGUGGACCUUAUAAAAACUGUUUACAUUCUGAUUUUUCUAUGGACCAAAUACGCAAAGACUCUACGAUACAUCAACUAUAAUGUAUCAACAUCGUAUGAUAAAAGGAGGAAAUACACAACUACUUUUCAAAUGGUGUCAUAUUUCAUAGAAUGUCAUUUAUCCUCAUUGAUUAGAGAAAUGCAAAUUUAUCCAGAGUAUUAUAAGAUAAUGAACGAUUUCUCAGUAAUUUUUUUUUUUUGGAAAAAUUAGCUGUAGUGUGAAAGGCUGAAAAGAAAGAGAUAAUAUUUUAGAGAUUCCUAUGCGCUUAUAUAUUGUUGUCAAAGGGAUUUUUUUCUAAACUGUUCUUUUGACCAGCUACAAGAUAAUUUAAUAUCUAAAUCAUUACAUAACCUUUAUCGUUAAUUAUGGAUAUUUGUAAGUAGUUGAGAUAUCGGAAAGAAUUAGAGAUAUUCAUGUCGCAAUGGAUUGGAUAAAACAAUGUUUUCUCUCUAUAUUUAAUUUUAAAGCGAAUUUGUUAAUAAUGUAUAUAGGAAUAUCUGAACGUACUUUUCUGGGUCAUAAUUGUUGCAGAAUUGGUUUUUAUAACAUGAACCAAUCUGCGAAAUUUUUUUCUUGCAGAUAUAUCAUUACAAUAUAUCAUAUUUAUGUAUUCCUAUAUAAAAUAUUGAAUUUUCAAAUUUUAAAUAAGUAAAAAACAACCGGAAAGUUUUCGGUUCAUCUUUUAAUGUUGAAUUUUUACGAAGGACAUUUUUUAAUGUAAAUGUUAAUUAUUUGAAUGCAGUGCAUAAGUCUUUUUAUAUUUAUUGUUUCUAUACAUGUUACAGCUGUUUUGUAUUUUUCGAUGGGUAUUUAUUUGAAGUACUUUAGAUCAAAGUUCUGGACUUGUGAAAAUAGAACGAUAAUCAUUUUUCUUUUUAUUAUUGUGAAAUCGUUAAUACCCGAGUGAUGCUUACAAUAAACUUUGAUUUUGGAAUCUAUAUGCAGAGGUUAAUACGUUGUAAAUGAAUUAAAUGAGUUGGGAGUAAGAUAUCUGAAGGAAUUCAUCUUUAAAAAAAACAAUGUUAAGAUAUUGACGGACUAAUUGUACACUCAAACGGAGAAAAGUUGCAUUAAAAUUUUUAAAACCAGUUGAAAAGUAUGUAUGAAUGAAAUGAGUUUGAGAUUUGAAAUUGAGGAUGUCCAAGCAGAAUAUCCCACAUCGUAUUUCAUAAAAUUUGUUAAAAUAUAUACAUAAUGAUUUUAAACAAAGUAAGUUAUCAUACACAGAAUAUUAUUUUUCCGGAAAUGACGUAUUUUGAUUGGACAUUCUUAAUGUGUUCUUAUCGAUUCUUGGACAUUCUCAUGUGCUCUUAGCAAUACAUUUUACUUGUAUACAUUUAUUUCUUUGGAUAUAUUAUUUAUUGUAGCUAAUGCCGACCAAGAAAAAUGUGAUAAGAAAAGUAGUUGUGCAAAAUAAAAGUCAUAAUUUAAGAAGAAAUUAAUUAUUCUUUUUGUAUAUAAAAUCUAUCUGUUGUUGUUUUUGUAACCGAUUUUAUGUCUUGCAGACAAGACUUUUGUUGCUGAAUUAAAUGCAU